AAUUAUAAGAGAGACCAGGUGCCAGGCUGGUCUCAAACUCCUGAGCUCAAGCGACCUGCCCGCCUCGGCCUCUCGGAUGCUGAGGUUACAGGCGUGAGCCACCGCUCCCGGCCCUACCUCAUCUUAAGACAGGGGCACGGAUUGCCCUGGAGGGUUAGAAACUUCGAGGCUUUUGUAGUCUCAGGAAAGGCAAAGGCCGCGGCCAGCCUCUUCGCGGCAUGGGCGUGGCUCCCAGCGACUUUUCAGCCUGGGGUUCCCCUUCGAGUCGCAGACGCUGUGUGCCCGCCAGUAGUGCUUGGUUUCCAACAGCUACUGCUGGCUCUUCCUCUUGCGGCCUUUUCCUGAAACGGAUUCUUCUUUCGGGGAACAGAAGCGCCAGCCCUGAAGUCUUGGCAAGGAAAGGCCAUGCGGAGAGAUUCCGAGGCCGGAGCCACUGCCUCUGAGGUUUCCGCGCGGAGUGCCAGGGGCGCCCCGACGGAUCCCAACGAGUCUCCGGCUGCCCCAGAGGCCGCCCUGCCUAAGGCGGGAAAGUUCGGCCCCGCCAGGAAGUCGGGAUCCCGGCAGAAAAAGAGCGCCCCGGACACCCAGGAGAGGCCGCCCGUCCGCGCAACUGGGGCUCGCGCCAAAAAGGCCCCUCAGCGCGCCCAGGACGCGCAGCCCCCUGACGCCACCAGCGCCCCUGGGGCAGAGGAGCUGGAGCCUCCUGCAGCUCGGGAGCCGGCUCUUUCCAGGGCUGGUUCUCGCGCCAAAAAGGCCCCUCAGCGCGCCCAGGACGCGCAGCCCUCUGACGCCACCAGCGCCCCUGGGGCAGAGGGGCUGGAGCCUCCUGCGGCUCGGGAGCCGGCUCUUUCCAGGGCUGGUUCUCGCGCCAAAAAGGCCCCUCAGCGCGCCCAGGACGCGCAGCCCUCUGACGCCACCAGCGCCCCUGGGGCAGAGGGGCUGGAGCCUCCUGCGGCUCGGGAGCCGGCUCUUUCCAGGGCUGGUUCCCGCCACCAGAGAGGCGCGCGCUGCUCUCCGAAGCCAAGACCCCCGCCCGGGCCCGGGGACGUGCCCAGCCCCGGCAUGCCGGUCUCGGACCCCAUUCUCGUACAGGGGGAUGCGGCGCCUGGGGCCGGGAAGCUCCGGGCGGUUUUGGAGAAGUUGAAGCUCAGCCGCCAGGAAAUCUGCGAGGCGGCGGAGGUGGUGAACGGGGUUGUGGACCACCUGCUGCGCAGACUGCAGAAGUACGACUCCGAGUUCAGAGGCGUCGGGCUGCUGCGCACCGGGAGCUACUAUGAGCACGUGAAGAUUUCUGCACCUAAUGAAUUUGACGUCAUGUUUAAACUGGAAGUCCCCAGAAUUCAACUAGAAGAAUAUUCCAACACUGGUGCAUAUUACUUUGUGAAAUUUAAAAGAAAUCCGAAAGAAAAUCCUCUGAGUCAGUUUUUAGAAGGUGAAAUAUUAUCAGCUUCUAAGAUGCUGUCGAAGUUUAGGAAAAUCAUUAAGGAAGAAAUUAACAACAUUAAAGAUACAGAUGUCAUCAUGAAGAGGAAAAGAGGAGGCAGCCCUGCUGUAACACUUCUUAUUAGUGAAAAAAUAUCUGUGGAUAUAACCCUGGCUUUGGAAUCAAAGAGUAAUAGCUGGCCUCCUAGCACCCAAGAAGGCCUGCCCAUUAAAGCCUGGCUUUCAGGAAAAGUUAGGACGCAACUAAGACUAAAGCCAUUUUACCUUGUACCCAAGCAUGCAAAGGAAGGAAAUGGUUUCCAAGAAGAAACAUGGCGGCUAUCCUUCUCUCACAUCGAAAAGGAAAUUUUGAACAAUCAUGGAGAAACUAAAACGUGCUGUGAAAACAAAAAAGUGAAAUGUUGCAGGAAAGAUUGUUUAAAACUAAUGAAAUACCUUUUAGAACAGCUGAAAGAAAGGUUUAAAGACAAAAAACAUCUGGAUAAAUUCUCUUCUUAUCAUGUGAAAACUGCCUUCUUUCAUGUAUGUACCGAGAACCCAAAAGACAGUCAGUGGAAACCCAAAGACCUGGGCCUCUGCUUUGAUAAAUGCGUGAUACACUUUCUUAAGUGCCUCAGCACAGAACAACUUGGGAAUUAUUUUAUUCCUGGAUUCAAUCUAUUCUCUAGCAACUUAAUUGACAAAAGAAGUAAAGAAUUUCUGUCAAAGCAAAUUGAAUAUGAAAGAAACAAUGAGUAUCCAGUUUUUGGUGAAUUGUGACAUUGUAUUUUUAGAAAGAUCUAAGAACUAGAGUCACCCUAAAUCCUGGAGAAUACAAGAAAAAUUUAAAAAGAGGCCAGGCGCUGUGGCUCACACCUGUAAUCCUAGCACUUUGGAGGCCGAGGCAGGCGGAUCACUUGAGGUCAGGAGUUUGAGACCAGCCUGACCAACAUGGUGAAACUCCAUCUCUGCAUGCCUGUAAUCCCAGCAACUCGGGAGGCUUAGACAUGAGAAUCACUUGAACCCGGGAGGUGGAGGUUGCAGUGAGUCAAGAUGGCACCACUGCACUCCAUCCUGGGUGACAGAGCAAGACUCCCUCUCAAAAAAUAAAUAAAUAAAUAAGAAAAAAAAUUAGGAAAUUAUUAAAAUAAUUUUUUAAAAAAGCAACAAAAUAACAAAAAAUUAGUGACUGUAAUAAUUGUAAUGUUUGAAAUUUGUCACAGAAAUAAUUGACUAAAACGAAUGUAAAUAAUUAUUCAGUUUUCAGUUUGUUGUAAUAAACUCUACUCAGUAUAAAGGAUUGAGUAUCCUAGGAAAAAGAUUAGUCAAGGAAUAAGAAGCAAAAGGAGUAUUUGAAAUCUUUUUUUUUUUUUUUUUUUUUUUUUGAGACGGAGUCUCGCUCUGUCACCCAGGCUGGAGUGCAGUGGCGCGAUCUCGGCUCACUGCAAGUUCCGCCUCCCGGAUUCACGCCAUUCUCCUGCCUCAGCCUCUCCGAGUAGCUGGGACUACAGGCGCCCGCCACCACGCCCGGCUAAUUUUUUGUAUUUUUAGUAGAGACGGGGUUUCACCACGGUCUCGAUCUCCUGACCUUGUGAUCUGCCCGCCUCGGCCUCCCAAAGUGCUGGGAUUACAGGCAUGAGCCACCGCGCCCGGCCAGGAGUAUUUGAAAUCUAAAAACAUUACCAUGUUUGCUUUAUCAUACAGGCAAAUAAAUAAAUAAAUGACAUUUUCAGAUUGGAAUAGAAAAAGAUAAAAUACAUAUCGCCUUAAUUAAAUUCAUCAAGUACUUACUGAAAAACAGCUCUCCACCGUGCCUGGCCAGGAAAUACAUAAUCUUUUUUUUUUUUUUUUUUUGAGAUGGAGUCUUACUCCGUCGCCCAGGCUGGAGUCCAGCGGCGCGAUCUCGGCUCACUGCAAGCUCUGCUUCCCGGGUUCACGCCAUUCUCCUGCCUCAGCCUUCCAAGUAGCUGGGACUACAGGCGCCUGCUACCACGCCUGGCUAAUUUUUUUGUAUUUUUAGUAGAGACUGGGUUUCACCAUGUUAGCCAGGAUGGUCUCGAUCUCCUGACCUUGUGAUCCGCCCGCCUCGACCUCCCAAAGUGCUGGGAUUACAGGCGUGAGCCACUGCGCCCGGCUGAAAUACAUAAUCUUAAAAGAAAACAUAAGAUACUUUAUUUUAAUAUAUCUGACUAAGUGUAAAACCUAACUUAUUUUCUGUUAUCUGUUUAUUUUUACUUUCAGUAACGCUUUAUUUUUAGGUAGCAUUCAGCCUAGAGGCAACUGCUGUUUGUUAAAUUUUUCCUGUUAAUAUAUUUUGCACAUUUUCUUAUGGGUUAGUUUUCUUCUCAUUGUUUUGGGAAGUUCUUAAUAUAUUUGGGGUACUUAUCUUUCAUUUGCUGUCUGUGUAAUAAAUAACUUCUGCCAUGUGGGUUGUCUGCACCUCUUUUGGUGUCUUUUAGUAAAUAAGGUUUUUUGUUUUGUAUUGUUUUGUUUAUUGUAAAGAUUUUUAACUUUUAAUGGAGUUGAUUUUUUUUCUCAUUCAAGCCUUUGAGAAUAAAUUGGAGUUGAAUUUUU